GAACGUAGGCGGGGCUGCUCCUUGGGGCAACGGAACGGAGGCGGGAGGAGAAGCCGGAAGUGGAACUUUCAGUCCAUUGUGAGCUGACUAGAAUGAAAUGGAGAAGAAAGUGAGAAGAAUCUAUCCUCUUUCUGAUCCAGACACCACCUAUUUUCUGCAAAUAGCCUGGCAGAAAGAUCUGGGCACCGGUUUCGAUGUUAUUCUCACCGAUGGCCAAUCAGCUUGGUCUGGGAAAGUGCCCAAAGAAGAGGUUUCUAAGGAGGCAACUGACAUGGAAAUGGAACAAGAUAAAUAUGUUGAAGAACUUAGAAAAGUGUUUUUAACUGAUGGAGUAUCUACAGAUACCUACAAUUUUGAUAUUUCUAAAGAAGAGACAAAUGGAGACAGCCUUCAUUUUUUCUAUGAAAAAAAAUUAAGAGAUCUAUCUUUUAGACUUGGCUCAUUGACGCUACAAAGAAUCCCAAGCCCAACUGAAGUCAUCAGCAAGCUGAUUAGCUAUUGCCUAGACUUCAUUGUAGGACUCCAUGCCAAAAAUGAGCACCUUCAAAAAGAGAAUGAGAUACUUCUAAAUGAUCUGAAUGAUGUGCAGGGCCAGUUGCAAAAAUGUGUUGAAGCUAAAGAAGAACUAGAGACUGAGCUGUAUAAAAGGUUUAUCCUGGUCCUGAAUGAAAAGAAAGCAAAGAUAAGGAACUUACAGAAAUGUUUAAAGGAGGCUGAGGAAACAGCAGUGAAAGCCACACAAGCAAGGGUUGUACCGGAAAGUAAAGCUGAAGAAGAAGAUUAUGAAGGCAGCACUGAUGAAGAAAGUGAAAAUUUGGUAGAGCCUUCCACAUCAGCACCUGUUAAACCCAGAAGAGACUCGUUACUUAGUCCAGAUAUUACUGAUAUUGCUCCAAAUAGAAAGAGAAGACAACGUGUACGAAAUACUGCAAGUACAGAACCAAAGGUGGCAUUGUAUGAGGCCCAGAAUUCACCCAAGGAAAAAGUUGAUUCUUCAAAACCAAAAUCGUCAAACAAGCAAGUAUCUUCAAAAGGAAUGGCUACACAGGCAGAAAAAAAUGGUGGCGAUCCUGAAGACCUCUUUGAUGAUGUCUGAUCAUCCAGAAGAUUAUGAUUUCACUACAAGUUAUUAAGCUACAAUUAAUUAUUUGUCUAGUCAAAGAAAGCAUUUCACUAAAGCGGGUAUUUGUACAUUAAGAUAACAUUAAACAAUGGUUUAUCUUUUUCUAAUAAAGUUGUGUUUGAUCCCCCUA